AUGACACGCCUUACCGUGUCGACAUGCUCACUAAAUCAGUGGGCCUUGGAUUUCGAUGGAAAUCGCGAUCGGAUUGUGCGUUCCAUUGAGCUUGCCAAGUCAGCUGGUAGCACAUUGAGGAUCGGUCCUGAGCUCGAGAUCCCAGGAUAUGGCUGCUACGAUCACUUUCUCGAGAGCGAUACAGAACUGCACUCGUGGCAAGUGCUUGCAGAAAUUCUUCAAUCCGACGUGACCAAUGGCAUUCUAUGUGAUCUCGGCAUGCCUGUCAGCCACGGCUCCGUCCUAUACAAUUGCCGCAUUGCCGUGAUGAACCGACGUGUUUUGCACAUAAGACCAAAGAUAUGGCUUGCGAACGAUGGAAAUUACCGGGAAAUGCGUUUCUUCAGCCCAUGGAUGCGCUUAGGACACACAGAGUCUCAUAAAUUGCCAUCUUUCAUCACAGACAUCACCGGCCAAACGCACGUGCCUAUUGGUGAUGCGCUCCUCGCUACCUGCGACACGGUGCUGGGCGUCGAACUUUGCGAAGAACUGUUCACAGCAGCAUCACCACACAUCACGCACGCUCUUUCUGGUGCAGAGAUCAUCUUGAACUCCAGCGGGAGUCACCAUGAGUUGCGAAAACUUCAUCGCCGCGUCGAACUGAUCCGCGAAGCUACACUCAAGCUUGGUGGCGUGUACUUGUAUGCGAACCAACGUGGUUGUGACGGAGACCGUCUGUACUAUGAUGGAUGUGCCCUCAUUGCCGUGAAUGGCGAUAUUGUUGCACAAGGCGACCAGUUUGGCCUGGACGACGUCGACGUCGUUACUGCGACGGUCGACUUGGCAGAUGUCCGCGCGCAUCGCACGUCCAAGAGCCGCGGAAUGCAGGCUUGCGCUCUGGCUGCUGGGAACUCGGCUCUGCACAUGGGUCAUGGUGGUCCUGCUCGCGUAGAUGUGCCGAUGAAGAUGACGCACGGGCUAAUCGACAAGCCGUCACUGACGUUGUCGAAGCCUCUCGAUGUCCACUAUUACAAGCCUGAGGAGGAAAUAGCUUUGGGUCCUGCGUGCUGGCUCUGGGACUAUGUGCGUCGCUCACGCACACAAGGGUUCUUGCUGCCCUUAUCGGGCGGUAUUGACUCGUGUGCGACGGCUGUUAUCGUGCACAGUAUGUGCCGACUUGUGCAUGCGGCAUGUGAAAAAGGGAAUGACCAGGUCAUCAAGGAUAUGCGACAAGUAACUGGAACAUCUGAGCCAUGGCUACCUUCUUCGCCACAGGCAUUGGCCGAACGCCUAUUUGUAACUUGCUACAUGGGGACGACCAACUCAAGUCAAGCUACGCGCGGUCGUGCAUCUGAACUUGCGAAAGCAAUCGGCUCGUAUCACUAUGCCUUUGACAUUGACUCAGUCGUCACUGCCCUAUUGAAUCUGUUCUCGUUUGUGACAAAGCGCACACCGCGUUUCAAAAUUCAUGGCGGCACGACGGCGGAAAACUUGGCAUUGCAAAACAUCCAAGCACGUUCGCGUAUGGUCCUGGCAUAUCUGUUUGCACAACUCGCACCUUGGGUCCAGGGACGAACUGGCGGACUUCUUGUCCUCGGAAGUGCAAAUGUGGAUGAAAGUUUGCGCGGGUAUUUGACCAAGUACGACAACUCCGCGGCCGAUCUCAACCCCAUCGGAAGCAUCUCGAAAAACGAUUUGCGCAGCUUUAUUGGUUAUGCAGAGAAGGCGAUGGGGUUGCCUGUGCUUGCAUCGUUCCUCUCUGCCCCCCCUACUGCUGAGCUUGAGCCAAUCACUGCUGAGUAUGUGCAGAGUGACGAGGCUGAUAUGGGCAUGACAUACGACGAGCUGUCCAUCAUGGGUCGCCUGCGAAAAAUGAACAAGUGUGGACCGUAUAGCAUGUGUGUCAAAUUGUUCUCCAUGUGGCCUACUUUGGCGCCCGAUGCCAUAGCCGCGAAAGUCAAGCUCUUCUUUUUCGAGUAUGCGCGCAACCGGCACAAAAUGACUACAUUGACACCCGCAUACCAUGCAGAAUCUUACAGUCCGGACGACAACCGCUUUGACUUGCGCCCGUUCUUGUAUCCCGUACAUUUUACCUACCAGUUCCGACGCGUCUAUGAACUCAUCAGUCGUCUUCGCACAUAA